UGAGUCUUAUCUUGUAACUGUGGUACAAGGUGGGGUUAGUCCCUGCAGUCUGAGUCUUAACUGCUGAGCCAUCUGGAACAAAGUGGCUGGGCACGCCCAGCAGAGGAUCCUCGUACCUCUCUGUUUCCUCAACAGACGGGCUUCCAGGCCUCUCGGAUCUCUCUCAGUUUCCUUACCAGCCGUUCUUGGGGAAACUCAACGCCCCCAUUCUUCUUUCCCUCGCACUUCCUCCUGGAGAGGUUCCGUCGGCCUCUCCUCUCCCAGGUCGGACCUUCCUGGGGUCCUUAGUCUCCUUAACUGUCCUCCUUCAAGAGGGCGACUUUGGUUUUGCUGGUGGAAGAAAUGAGGCUCAGAACUUGAGAAGACAUCUGAGGUGCAGGCAUUCUUCUCUCCAACAACUUUGGGGUCUUGAGCUUAUGCGCUUUCAGCUAUGCACGAGGAAGAAGCUCUAAGAGACAACUGCCCUGGACCCAAUAGCUCUGAAUCAGAUAAGACUGACAGGAAUGACACCUACGCAGACAGGUAUCUGGAAAGGAAGUAUGGUACAGUUCGGGAUUUUUCUCAGAAACACAAAACCACCCUUUGGUACAUCUUCUGGGGCAUCUUAUUAGCAGGUUACCUGGCUAUGGUGAUCGCCGCGUGUGCCCUCAACUUUCACCGAGCCCUUCCUCUCUUUGUGAUCACCGUGGCUGCCAUCUUCUUUGUGGUCUGGGAUCACUUUAUGGCCAAAUAUGAGCAUCGAAUCAAAGAGCUCCUGUCUCCUGGCAGAAGGCUUCUGGACAGCCAUUGGUCCUGGCUGAAGUGGGUGAUUUGGAGCUCUCUGAUCCUGGGAGUUGUUUUCUGGCUGAUCUUUGACACCGCCAAAUUGGGCCAACAGCAGCUGGUGUCCUUCGGUGGGCUCAUAAUGUUCAUUAUCCUGAUGUUUCUAUUUUCCAAGCACCCAACCAAAGUUCGCUGGAGGCCUGUCUUUUGGGGAAUUGGGUUACAGUUUCUUCUUGGGCUCAUAAUACUAAGGACUGGCCCUGGAUUUAUGGCCUUCCAGUGGUUGGGCAAACAAGUUCAGACCUUCCUGGAGCACACUGACGCUGGUACUUCCUUUGUCUUUGGUGAGAACUACACAGACCACUACUUGGCAUUUAAGUACCUGCCUAUGCUGGUUUUCUUCAGCGCCAUCAUGUACAUGCUCUACUACCUAGGACUGAUGCAGUGGAUCAUUAGAAAGAUUGGAUGGGUCAUGCUGGUUACUAUGGGAUCAUCUCCUGUUGAAUCUGUAGUUGCAGCCGGCGGUAUAUUUGUUGGAUUUACGGAGUCUCCACUGCUGGUCCGACCGUGUAUACAAUACGCCACCAAGUCUGAACUCCAUGCAAUCAUGACAACUGGGUUCGCUACCAUGGCUGGAAAUGUCUUAGGCCUAUACAUUUCUUUUGGAAUUUCACCCACGCAUUUAUUAACUGCUUUAAUUAUGUCUGCGCCCACGUCAUUGGCUUUGGCUAAACUCUUUUGGCCUGAGACAGAAAUAUCUAAAACAACCAUCAGGGAUGCCAUGAAAAUGGAAAUGGGUGAUUCGAGGAAUCUCCUAGAAGCAGCAUCACAUGGAGCAUCCUCAUGCAUCUUUCUGGUGACAAACAUCACUGUGAAUAUGAUUGCCUUCCUGGCCCUAUUGUCUUUUGUGAAUGCAGCCCUGUCCUGGUUUGGAAACAUGUUUGACUACCCACAACUGAGUUUUGAGAUGAUAUGCUCCUACAUCUUCAUGCCCGUUUCCUUCAUGAUGGGAGUGGACUGGCAAGACUGCUUUAUGGUUGCCAAACUCAUAGGUUAUAAGACAUUCUUCUCUGAAUUUAUAGCCUAUGAGCAGCUCUCAAAAUUGGUGUAUUUAAGGAAAGAGGCUGGACCCAAAUUUGUGGAUGGUGUGCAGCAAUAUAUGUCGAUUCGUUCUGAGACAAUUGCCACUUAUGCUCUCUGUGGUUUUGGCAGAGCCAAUGCCCUAGGGUUAGCAAUCAAGACUCUCACACUUAUAGCGUUUUUCAGAAGGGAUGACAUCACUGCAGUGGCAGUGAGAGCUCUGAUUGCAGGAAUCAUCUCCUCCUUCAUGAUGGGCUGCAUCGCAGGCAUCCUCUCCAGCACUCCUGUAGACAUCAACUGCCACCACAUUUUAGAGAACGCCUUCAACUCCAGCUUACCUCAAAACACAACCGAUGUGGUGGUGUGUUGUCAGAGCCUAUUGAGCAGCACUGUUGCCGUGGGUCCCGGGGAGGUCAUCCCAGGAGGGUACCACAGCCUGUCUUCUUUGAAGACCUGCUGUGAAUUGUUGAAGCCAUCAACACUGAACUGCACUUGGAUCCCUGACGAACUCUGAGCUCAGCCACUUCUCCAACAGAACUCCAAGUACAGAUGCUGAACUUUCUGCUUCUGGGAGAAAAAUAAAAGCUAUUGUCCACAGA